UUUGGAAAUCAAACGCGUCGCUCGCUGGAGCGCUAGUGUCCUCGCGCGCGCUCCGCGAAGUUUCCAAACGUGAUUCUGACGUUUAGAAAAUAAAGCGUUCCUUUUUCAAAUAUUUAAAAAGUGAGUGUAUAGAUUGCGGCCAGUGUGUUAAGAUAUUUUAUAGUGUUGGGCUAAUUGAAGUGAAUGUGUUUUUUUGUUGACAAUAUCAUGUCAUUGUUAGUAUUCAUGAAGGAAAUGACAGCAAAAUAACCGAUAAGCAGCUGAUACUGCGAGUGUACACAUUAGAUUGAACUAUUCGCAGUUUCCAUUUGAUUACGGCGCGAACGGAUUAUUCCAUUUUGAAAAUUUAAUAAACAAUUAAACCUAUUUGUGAUAAAUAAAUGUAUAAAGUGAUAAAUGUGAUAUUACCAGUUACAUUGUAGUGUGUAAAAGUGUUAUGAUAUUGAAACGCUGAAAGUAAACGCAAACGUUUCAAUCAAAUAUUUAAAUGCCUCCGGAACAGAGUCGAGAAGGCAUGCUGUGUCUGUCGAGACACGAAAAUUGCCCCUGGUCGGAUGCCCUCAAAUCGGCGGAUGUCAACUGGAAUGGUCUGCGUUACACCUGUCUGAAAAUAUUUCACCUGUACUGCAAGGUGUUCGAUAAGGAAGAUGUCUUCGAUAUGGUUAUUAGAAAGACGUGCAAGUCAUGCGGCUGCGAUCGUCUCACGCACUCCGUGUACCACGAGGAGUUGGGCUCGGUCCGAGAGCGAUUGGGCCUCAGAGACACGCGGCUCAACCAUCACAGUUAUGACAGCCCGCCGGGACUCACUGCCAAGCAGACCGAGCUUUACUGGUCAGCCUUAGCCGAGCGUGCUCCAACUGGCGUAGGUGGCGCCACUGGUGCGGCAGCUUGGCAUGCGUGGAGAACUAGAUCGUUAGCCUCUCAAUUACCAAAACAAGAUCUCUCUUUAGCACAUUGCCGACAUAUUGAUGAUGGUCACAGAAAACAAUUUGAAGAUUUUGUUGCCGCGCGAAACGAAAUUGCUCUGGAUAUUGGUACCGCAUAUCAACAUCACGGUACGCCAAUAGAUUGCUUGGGAUGUGAUAAACCUAUCCGCAGUGGAAGUAUUGCUGUUCAAGCGCCGCGAAUUAGUGAAGAGGCAUCAUACCAUCCUGCUUGUUUCUCAUGCACGGAAUGUGGUGAGCUGUUGGUGGAGCUAGCAUAUUGCGCUCUAGAUGGUGGCUUAUACUGCGUACGACAUUAUGCGGAACGCUUGAAACCGAGGUGUCAUGCUUGUGAUGAGCUCAUUUUCAGUGGCGAGUACACCAAGGCGAUGAACAAGGACUGGCACAGCGGUCACUUCUGCUGCUGGCAGUGCGAUGAGUCGCUCACGGGUCAGCGUUACGUGCUCAGAGAUGAGCACCCGUACUGCAUCAAAUGCUACGAGAGUGUCUUCGCUAACGGCUGUGAGGAAUGCAAUAAGACCAUCGGCAUCGACUCCAAGGAUCUGUCGUACAAGGACAAGCAUUGGCAUGAGGCGUGCUUCCUCUGCGCGAAGUGCCGCGUCUCGCUGGUGGAUAAGCAGUUCGGAUCUAAACUGGACAAGAUCUACUGUGGCAACUGCUAUGAUGCCCAGUUUGCGAGCCGCUGCGACGGAUGUGGAGAGGUGUUCCGUGCUGGUACCAAGAAGAUGGAAUACAAGACCAGGCAGUGGCACGAGAAGUGUUUCUGCUGCGUCGUGUGCAAGAACCCAAUCGGCACGAAGAGCUUCAUCCCCCGGGAGCAGGAGAUCUACUGCGCCGGCUGCUACGAGGACAAGUUCGCCACCCGCUGCGUUAAAUGCAACAAGAUCAUCACGCAAGGCGGCGUAACAUACAAGAACGAGCCGUGGCACCGCGAGUGUUUCACGUGUACCAACUGCAACACUUCGCUGGCAGGCCAGAGAUUCACCUCCCGCGACGAGAAGCCAUACUGCGCUGAAUGCUUCGGAGAAUUGUUCGCCAAGCGCUGUACCUCUUGCAGCAAGCCUAUCACUGGCAUCGGUGGCACACGAUUCAUCUCAUUCGAAGAUCGCCACUGGCACAACGACUGCUUCAUCUGCGCUCAGUGCAAGACCUCCCUGGUCGGCAAAGGUUUCAUCACCGACGGACAAGACAUCAUUUGCCCGGAGUGCGCCAAACAGAAGCUAAUGUAAAUAAAUGACGCCAGCUUGCACUAACGCUUCCUCUCGUCAGGUGUGUAACUGCCCUUUACCAACUUGAGAGCAAUUUUAAAAAUCGAAUAACAACUCAACGUCGAUUUAGAAUUAAGAAAAAAUAUCCAGAUUCUAGCAACAUAGAAACAAACAAAAGUUACUGGCCACUAAAGAUCUACGAAAAAAAAAACAGGCCACAUUAAAAAAAAUAUAUUUAGCGCAUGGCGAAAAUUCAGCACGUUUAUUUUUUAAAUUAUUAAAAAAAUGUGACUGACCAUAGAUUUUUGUGCUUGUGCAGCGUAAAUACCAUCCUACCGGUAGUCGCUAACGCCAGAGACUGGUGCGCGUUCAAAAAGCAGGAAACAUCCAGCGAUGAGCUUUUCGACCUUGUCGACAAAAUGAACUUUCGUAAGGUCGUCCCUUAGUUAUUUGUUACUUAGAAGCGUUGUUGAAGAUAUUUUUUAUACAAAAACUCGAAAAAAUCACAAAAAAAAAAGUGGAUGCACAAAUAUAUAUUAAGUAUUAAUUUCGCUUUUUUACUGAACUCUAUUUAAGAUGUUUAUAUAUUUUGACUGUUUAGUUUGAUAUUCUCACUAAUAUCGUCCACAAUAUCUAUUUAUCGAGUAUUGGUUAUAUAUUAUGCUAAUCGCCAUAUAAUUUCGCUUUGGCUGUUGUAUUAGUCCGUUAGAUAAUAUUGUCAAUUUACCUAGAGCGAUUCACACGAUGCCUUACUAAUAACAUAUCUAAGUCAAUUUCGAGGAUAUAUAUAUAUAUAUAAUUUGUGUUGUAUGUAUAUGCAUAUAAAUAUUAUGAUAUAUUCAACAUGCUCUGGUGCUACCAGAUUUCAUGUCUUAAAUCUAGACACUUCCAAAAGGAUUUGUAUUAAGUGCUUGUCAUUGUUUAAAAUGCGUAACAUAGUGUUUAAGAAAUUAUAUUGACAGAGUAAUGUAUUUGUUAAGUAUUUAUUUUUACGGGAGUAUGCACUUUUUAAUGUAACAUCGGCGGUGUUACCAUGUCACAGAAAACACUUCGAGAUUUUUAGCUGUAGUGUUGCCAUAAUUAUUACUCACCGCCGUCAGACACAACCUAACAAUAACUAUUUGUUAAGUGACGCGAAAAGUCAUCUAGUUUUACUAAUGAAAAAAAAUAUAUAAAAUAUGAUAAAAUAUUUUUGUUCUCGAAUAGGAAUCGUGUUACAAUAAUGUAAUUGAAUGUUAUUGAUAUUUUUACAUGACUAUAAUAAUAUUUUUUAGAUUUUAGAGUCGUAUUUAUAAGAGUAUAACAUCUGUGUUUUGUGAUCGCAUUCGCGAGCUGACCACGAAAUGUAUGGGGAUCAUUUUAUAAGGGUUACUUGUUAAGGGUUAAAUUAUUCUAAUGUUGAUUAUUAAUUUAUAAUACUGUGUACACUUGAAACUGCUUAGUUGUGUGAUCUGAUCUAAUUAAAUCUUUGUAUAUCUAUCUACCCAUAGAUUGUAAAACUAUGAAACUGAAAUAAACGAUAAAAAUUAA